AUGGAAAUCGAUGAUGGGGAAGGUUCGUCUUCGAAUGGCGAUGAGCUGGAAGAAUUGAAAGAAGCACGACAUUCCGCGGUUUUAGAUUUGGAUUUUGAUAGUGAACAAGCAGCACAAACUAUAUGUCGAGUUGUUAGUGUUGAUAAAGAACCGAGUAGAAGUAAUGCAGUGCGAAGCUACAGUGUGAAUGGAUCUCAUUUGCGGAUGUAG